GCACACUUUCGCAGCAUCAAAAUUGAAACUCUUUUCUCUCUCUCUCUCUCUCUCUCUCUCUAAAAAAAUAAACCAUGAAUUAUGGCGAUUCGUGAAAUUGCACUUAGCUUAGCUAGGUAACAAAAACCAAACGAAAGGGUUCAAUAAUUUUGAGUAUCCGUUUCAUGGUGCCUUGUAUCCAUCAAAAACCGUUUCUUUAUCUUCUUCUUAUUCUGUGAUCUACUAUUGGUUCCUGAAAACACAUGUCAAUGGUGUUAUGGUGCUUGAACUGUUCUUAGAUCACAUGUCUCACACUGUUUCCUCUCUUGUUCAUUAACAUUCACUAAAAACCAAUACGCAAUUCAGUUUCCCUGACACUACUCUCAGAUCACAUAACAUAGCUUCUCUGUUAAGUCCCUUUUCUCUGUUCUUGACAUUCUCAUCAGUAUUCAGUGCUCUAUAGGAUUCUCACAAAAAAGGACCCGACUUUGAUCCUCAAUCUCAAACUGAAAAGACCAAUUUUGGGACUGAGUUUGUUCCUUAUGCUGCUGAGGAACAGAUCAAGGGCAGUGACCAAGCCAAGUUUGAUGGCUGAUCACAGCUCUUCUUCACAGCAAUCUUCUCAAAAUCAAAGCUUUUCAAAGAGGACAAUCCCUUCCCUUUUUGGGUCACCAAAGUUCAUCAGAGAUUUCACCUCAAAGUGUCUUUCUCUCUCACCACCACCGCCAACUGAAUCCUUGAGGAGCCCAACUUCAAUCCUUGAUGCAAGGGCAGUGUCCCCUUUUGCCUUUGGGAACCCAUUUUCACAUGAAAACAACACCAAAAAAAAGUGCACACAAACUGUUCACCAAAAUGCCUCAUCGGAAAACACAGCCUCUGCUGAUGAUUCCAGAGGCAUUGGCCUUGCUCUUGUAAAAAAUUCUGCUGAACAAAACAAAGGGAAUGUCCUCUUUGGGACACGUCUUAGAGUGAAGAUCCCUCCCCUUCCACCACCCUCCACAUUUUCCCCACAAACAUGUGAUGCUGAUGAUGUUCUGGUUGGAGGCAGAACCAGCAAGGAUUCUCAAAAUUCAGGAAUCUAUGCAAAUGAUUCUCCUCCUACCAAGGUUGUUUUUAAGGAUGGUGUUCUGUCUCUGAGUGAGAUGGAGCUUUCUGAGGAGUACACACGUGUCAUAUCCCAUGGACCUAACCCAAGAACAACCCACAUAUUCAACAAUUGCAUUGUAGAAGGCUUUUUUUCCCUACCCAGAAAACCUCCACCUCCUUCCGGGAAUUUCCUCAGCUUCUGUUACACUUGCAACAAACACCUUGAUCAUACACAAGACAUUUUUAUCUAUAGAGGAGAGAAAGCUUUUUGCAGCCCUGAAUGCCGCCACAAAGAGAUGGUGUUAGAUGGUGUAGAAAAUAUUUAGUAGGAGGAUUUUGAUAGUAACAGACGUUAUUAUUCUUGACUUCAACAUCCUUUACAUGCACCUUUGCCGCAAAGUCCUGCAUUUUGAGGAGGAUAAGAAUAAGAUAACCAACCAGCAGCAACAGCAGAAAAAGUCAAGUCAAAAUUUUUCCCAUUUCUUCAUCAUGGGUUUCAUGACCUGUAGUAUAUAUAUGUUUCAUCAUGUAAUCAGUGUAUGAUCUUUUACCCUUUUUUGAAGUCUUUUUUUAAUCCUUUUUGCCUCUCCCUGCAAAUAAAGAGAUAAGAGAGGAUGUAGAGUUCAAUCCAAGUGAAGUAAUGACCAAUUUGAUUGCUUC